AUGGAUAACCACCUUCUGCACCCUGACAACCAUGAGAUACAUGACGAGCCGCAGUCGACGACCAAGACUCUGUCCACUAUAGCAGAGAACGCCGGAGAGAACGGAGGACACCAUGCGACCCGCCUUAAGUUCUACCACAAGCUUCAACACAUGUCCCUCCUUCCGUUCCUCCCGCACCCCCACCAUCGCGUUCCCCCCCACCAUCACCUAGCGGUCACGCCAUUGCAUGAUAUCUUGAACAAUGGAGAGCCGUACGUGUGGGUGUCAGAGGCGAUGGACCUUGGAGAGGAGAGUCUGCUGGAGUCCAACGACCAGACGGAGCAUGAGGAGAAGAAGCAGAGGAUGAAGCGGAUCGGCAUUGCGAGGGUCUUCACGAUCGUCAACGUCAUGCUCGGCUCCUCGCUCCUGGUGGUGCCCUGGGCGUACUCUCGUAGCGGGCUGCUGCCGGGAGCUGCACUGGUGUGCGGCAUAGGCGGCUUCUGCCGAUACACUUCGAGCCUCAUCCUGCGAUGGAGUGAGGGGCACGAGGACUUCUCGGAGAUGUGCAAGAGCUACCUGGGGAAGCCGGCAUGGCACGUCUGCCUCUCCUCGUCCCUGGUGGUCCUGGUGGGAGCCCUGCUGGCCUACCACACCAUCAUGUCGGACUUCUUGUACUCGUUGUCCAAGGCCCUGAUCCCCAACAGCGAGUACCAGGGGAACCUGUUCUACGCGGUUGUUCGCGCCUUGUUCCUUGACCGUAGGUUGUCGCCCCUCCCCAUCGCCAUGUUUGUGUUCCCCUUUGCAAAUUUCCGAGAUGUCUCCACCCUUGCAAGAUUCACUUCCUACGGGAUCGUCGCGGUCGUCUUCACCUUCUGCUACAUCCUCGUCACUUCGUGGGGCGCGUUCAUAGCAGCAGUGGAAGGGGGACAGGGGAACGUCACUUUCACCUUGGAGCAGGACAGUGCAAAUCCUGACAACACGCUGAUCGUCCCUCUUGCUGGGAGGAACUGGGGGGACUUGGCCGGGAUCCUGCCAGUCUCCUUCUUCGUCCACAACCUGAUCAUCCCCAUUAUGCGCGGCGACGAGCCGAUGAAAUGGAAGAUGAUGCAGCACGACGCUGCGUUCUCUCUGGUAGUGCUGAUCUACUCUCUCGUCGGAGCAUCGCCAGUGUUCUCGUUCGCCGCUGCCAUGCAGACAUGCGGAGGACUCAGGAACGAGACGAGCUGCCACGACAUGGUUGGAUGUGUCUGGCAGGAUUCCCACAUCACCGGAGCAGAGUUCUCGAGGAGGCAAGGAUUGGAAAUCUUCGGCUCUGUUUGUGUUGAACAGCCCAUGUCGCAAAACUUCUUGCGGACUCAACUCCCGCCAUGGCCGAACCCUCUCGCCUCGAAGCUUCUCCACACCCUCGUGCAAUCGGCGGUGCUGAUACAGCUUCUCACCAUCUUCCCGCUUGUCUGCGCCAUCGUCAGGGGUCAGUUCUUCGUCUACGUCAGCGGAGUGGAAUAUCCUGGAAGGGUCCAGGGGCUCGUCUUCGUAGUCUUCAUCAUCGGACUCUCUACCUUGAUCCUCGGCAUCGUAGGAGCGAUCUCCGGCACUCUCUAUGUGUGUGUGCUCCCCAUAUCUCUACAUCUGGUUGCGCUGAACAACACGGGGAAUUUGUCAAUCACUUCAUUCAUCAUCCAUGUCAUUUUAAUCUUGGGAGGAACAUUCCUCUUUGUUCAGGGUGUGAUUUGA